GGCCCCGCCUCUAUCAGUGCGACGCGGAGAAUCAUCAGCUAGAGGUCUUUGUGAUCAAUCAGACGCGGACAAUGGCAACCAACGAUUAUUCACAGCCAGCAGCCCAAGGGUACAGCUCAUACCCGUCUCAGCCCGCACAAGGCUAUUCCCAGCAGGGCAGCCAGUCCUAUGGUCAGCAGGGGUACAGUGGCUAUGGCCAGUCUGCUGGGUCCUCUUCCUAUGGACAGAGUGGAGGGUACGGCUCGUCCUAUGGACAGGAGCAAAGCUCUGGCUAUGGCUCUCAGUCGGCUCAAGGAUACAGCGCUGGUAACUAUGGCGGCUCCCAAUCAUCCCAGACCCCCUACAGCGGGGGACAGCAGCAACAGCAGUCCUCCCAGUCAUCAUAUUCCAGCUAUUCCCAGCAGCCUCCAGCCAGCAGUAACACUGGAAGCUAUGGCAGUGGUGGUUCUCAGUCCUCAUACCAGCAGCAGCAGGGCAGCGGUUAUGGACAACAGUCCAGUGGAGGAGGAGGAGGUGGUGGAUAUGGAGGUCAACAGAGCGGCUAUGGAGGAGGCCAGUCUGGUUAUGGAGGUCAGCAGAGUCAAGGCGGAUAUGGUGGUGGUGGUCAGCAGUCCGGUUCCUAUGGGCAGCAGUCCAGCUAUAAUGCCCCCCAGGGCUAUGGCCAGCAGCAGCAAUCCCAGUAUGGUGGGGGAUCUGGAGGUUACAGCCAGGACUCUCCUCCCAUGGGUGGUGGUGGUGGUGGUGGUGGAGGCGGCUACGGUGGUUCCGACCAAGGCAGCUUUGGCGGACAGGAUGGCAGAGGCCGAGGCCGCGGUGGAUUUGGUGGGCGCGGAGGCUUUGACCGAGGCGGCAGAGGAGGCCGUGGCGGAAGAGGGCGGCGGUGGCGGCAUGGGCGGUGGUGAACGGGGAGGAUUCAGUAAAUUUGGUGGACCACGUGAAGGCGGACCUCCCAGACACGAAAUGGCUGAACAAGAUAACUCCGACAACAACACGAUCUUUGUGCAAGGCCUGGGAGAGAACGUGACCGUCGAGUCCGUCGCUGAAUACUUCAAGCAGAUUGGAAUCAUCAAGACAAACAAGAAGACCGGGCAGCCCAUGAUAAACCUGUACACAGACCGGGAGACGGGCAAGCUGAAGGGAGAAGCAACAGUGUCCUUCGAUGAUCCUCCAUCUGCCAAGGCUGCCAUCGACUGGUUUGAUGGCAAAGAAUUUUCUGGAAAUCCAAUCAAAGUCUCGUUUGCUACACGGAGAGCCGACUUCAACAGCCGUGGCGGUGGAAACACCAGGGGCAGAGGACGUGGAGGUCCCAUGGGACGUGGAGGGUUUGGUGGUCCUAGUGGUGGAAACAGCAACCGAGGAGGUGGUGGUGGUGGAGGAUUCCCCAGUGGUGGUGGAGGACAGCAGAGGGCUGGAGACUGGAAAUGCCCCAACCCAUCCUGUGAGAACAUGAACUUCUCCUGGAGGAAUGAGUGCAACCAGUGCAAGGCUCCCAAACCCGAUGGUCCCGGAGGACCUGGAGGUUCACACAUGGGU